AUGGGUUCCUCUCACAAUGGCGCCCUUGGAGAUACCUUCAAAGUUGUUCGAAUUCUUCAAGUGGUCUGCUUGAUCUCAAUUAUCGGUAUGACCGCCAACUUCAUCUCCGACAUGGUCAAGAGCCACGUUUCGCCACCGGAAGUGAUUGUUGGCACUAUCAGCGUGACAUGCAUUGCUACCCUUUUUUGCGUAGUUACCUUCAUUCUCUACCUGGAUGGGAUCCUCCCCUUUCUCGUUUCCGCGGGCAUGGACGGUCUUCAUCUGAUCGCGGUGAUUGUGAUCGCAGUUGUUGUCGGGAAGCCGCUGUCAUAUCUCGAUUGCAAGUUGAUAGGCAAAGUUUCUCCAUCAUCUGGAUUUGCUUUCACUUCCGCCUUGAUGGAAAAUUUGGACGAGGAUGGAAGUAAGCUGGGCUAUGCAAAUUGGGUCGGAGCAUCCAAGGCAUAUUGUCUUGAGAUGAAGUCUAUUUGGGGCCUUAGCAUUGCUCUAUGCAUCUUAUUUGCAUUAUCUGCAACCUGUACUUUGUUUUUAUGGCGCCAGUCGCAGGAGAAUGUGCCGAAGGAUAUCGAGAACUGA